AUGUCCCUUCGCGCCAAGAUCACUGACAAGGAUAGUGGCGCUUUUGCAUUCGGCUCCAAUUCCGUCGCUCGGUACCGACCGCAAGCCUUUGCCGGGCAGGCGAAAAACCUCGGUAAGCCGGUGGUUAUGGUACUGGCGACCCACGCACUGGAAAUUUUUGGCUUGGUGGAUCAACAGAAUGCCUUGCUUUGGGUCAAUGCCCACAUUCGGGAUUUCGGGGGUGACCCAUCGAAUAUCACCGCGCUUGGGGUCAGCGCCGGUAGUGCCAGCAUCCACCAUCAUCUAUUAAGUGGCGUUCCACUUUUUGAUCGCGCAAUCAUGAUGUCUGAUGUCGCUCUAACUCUCGGUCCGUAUCCGGUGCAGGCUUUGGAAAACAGCUGGAGAAUGAUGUGCGGUCGAUAUGAAUUGACACAAGCGACGCCAGCAAAGCGAGUAGAAGUGUUGCGUAAAUUGGAGCCUCUGGAUCUGCUGGAGGCAUACUCAACAGGGGUCGCUGGACCCGUUGCUGACGGCAAGAGGCUGCCGUUGAAUUGGGGCUUUGCCGAUCCGAUGCCAUCCUCGCGGUGCAAGGCGAUCAUUAUUGGUGAUACUAAUGCGGAGUCUAUUGGCUACAAACCCCUAGUGAAGCAGCUGUCUCAAACUUACUUUCAUUGA